AUGUUAUCUAAGAUCGUCAUAUUUUCGGUUCUUUUAGUUUGCGGGUUCGCAAACAGAAGAGAAUUAACUCAAGAGCAACUUAAAAAAUUAGCGUCUUGGGAAGAUGGCAAAAAACAUAUGUGGGUUGAAAGUGGACAAAUUGAAGGUGAUAUGAUCCUCCAACCGGGGCAAAGAAAUGGGCUCAUUGAUACCAGAUAUAGAUGGACCAAUAAUGAGGUUCCAUACGAACUCGAUCCUGCUUUCAAUGAAGAAGAAGCUGCAGCAAUUCACGAAGCCGUCAAAGAAAUUGCCAAUGUUUCUUGCGUAACGGUUCGUCCAAGAAGAGCAGGGGAACAAAAUUACGUUUAUGUUACUGGUACAGAUACUGGUUGUUGGUCUUGGGUUGGAAUGUUGCGUGGUCGUCAAGAAUUAAAUCUUCAAAGACGCGGUUGUAUUUGGCAUGAAAUUAUCGUCCACGAAUUCCUCCACGCAAUCGGUUUUUACCACGAACAAAGUAAUUAUAACAGAGAUGAUCAUGUAACGAUUCUCUGGGAGAACAUCAUUCGCGGAAUGGAACACAACUUUGAUAAAUUUGGCGAAGAUUAUAUCACCACGUUCGGACAACCUUAUGAUUAUGGAAGUAUCAUGCAUUACCACGAAACUGCUUUUACUAAUAAUGGAGAACCAACAAUUGUGCCACAUGUAAAUCAAAAACAUUAAUAUUUUAGUAUAUGAAAUAACACAGUCUCCUCAUUAUUAUGUUUAAUCAUGAUCAAUCGACGUUACGAGCUGUUGUAGGUCCAUCAUC